AUGGAGAUAAAGGAAAUUUUGUCACUGCUAUGCACUGAGUCUCUAGAUGUUCGCAGCAUAGGUAUAUGGGGUACGGUUGGUAUAGGAAAAACAGCCAUUGUUGAAGAGAUCUUUCGCAUAAUUUCUGUCCAAUAUGAGACUUGUGUCUUCCUUAAGGACCUUCAUAAAGAAGUAGAGGUAAAAGGGCACGAUGCCGUGAGGGAGGACUUUUUGUGUAAAGUUUUAGAGGUAGAGCCAGAUGUCUUACGUACUUCGAACAUUAAAACAAGUUUCUUGAGGAGUAGGCAUGGGCGUAAAAGGGUCCUCGUUAUUCUCGACGAUGUGAAUGACUUGAGAGAUGUUGAAACUUUUUUGGAGAACCUUAACUAUUUUGGUCCAGGAAGCAGAAUAAUCAUAACCUCUAGGAACAGACGUGUUUUUGUACUUGGUAAAAUCAAUCAUGUAUAUGAGGUCAAGCCAUUAGAUAUUUUGACGUCUCUACAACUUCUCGAUCGGGGAGUACUUCAGAAUGUUUUGUCACCUGAGGUUUACAAGACGCUGUCACUUGAGCUGAUCAUAUUUUCAAAUGGAAAUCCACAGGUUCUUUAA